AGGGCAGAGUAAACAGUGUUGUAAUUGGAAGUUGAACCCCUUUGAGGGGGCGUUGUACGCACACGGGCUGGUCUCAGAUGGCACCAUCUGAAAACCAGGGUCCCAUAGAUUUUAUAAAGCUGACAUCUUUGCAAGGGAUUGCCGUGAGCGCUGCUGACAAUGUGCAAGUGAUUCUGGCAGAGUGCAGUUUGUCAAAGGGCCACUCAACCUUGUUGAUAUUCAGACUGCGGCAGACAGACACACAAACUUACAGUAAUUAUUGGUGCUGUGUUGUUCACUCGCAGAUGCACUGCAUAAUGUGUUGGGGUGAGGCCUUUCAGGGACAGCCAGCAUUUGGGGUUGAGGGUGCUCAGUGUGUGGGGCCUUGAAAGCUAGAUGUCUGAGUUGUGGCAUAACACAUGCAAUUGAAAUUUAGAACGGUGCGCUGACAUCAGCAAUCUGAGAUUUGCUGACAUCAGCGCCAUGCUGUGCUUGAUGCCUUGCUCUGUGUGGGCUCAAGACAACGAGACGCUGCCACGUGGACUGAUUAGCAAGUUGUUGUGAUCGUUGUGCACUGGACACUUUUCCAAGCGGGUGUUGUCAGCUUGACAAGCAAGGACAUGCCCUGUAUGAUGUUGCUUCUACUAUAUAAAUUAGGCCAGCCUUUCAAUUGCCUGACUGGAGCUCGUCCUGAUUUGACGAGUGUAGUUUCGUGGCAUUUUUACGGCUGUGGAAUGCACUGUACAGUUGUUGACUUGGAAGUACAAAUUUUGGUAAAUUUGGAAUUUGGUUUCUACCC